GUCCUUAACAUUAAUUUAGGGAGGAUGGAAUAUCAUUAGCAAAGGAUGUGCAAAUGGAUGAGAAGAUUUGAUGCCCAUGCGUAAUCGCAGCUGAGUGACAACAAAAGAGAGAGAAUGUUGGCAGAAGCAUACGAUGACACCAACGUGAUAGUUUGUGGAAUGAUCAAGGUUUGCGUACAACUACAAGGACGGUGUUGGCAGUGACUUAAGUGACAGCAUCAGGGCAGUGCUGGUAGCAAGGGUUACAUUACACUUACAUAGGACGGUGUUGACCGGAUAAGUCUCAAGUGUCGAGAAACAGAACAGUCUAUCUGGCGGAUAACUGUAGGCACUGACCCUCACACGUCCCUGGUUCAUCACGACUGCUGGCACUGACGCUCACACGUCCCUGGUUCAUGACGACUGCUGGCACUGACGCUCACACGUCCCUGGUUGAUGACGAUUGCUGGCACUGACCCUCACACGUCCCUGGUUCAUCACGACUGCUGGCACUGACCCUCACACGUCCCUGGUUCAUCACGACUGCUGGCACUGACCCUCACACGUCCCUGGUUCAUCACGACUGCUGGCACUGACCCUCACACGUCCCUGGUUCACCACGACUGCUGGCACUGACCCUCACACGUCCCUGGUUCACCACGACUGUAGGCACUGACCCUCACACGUCCCUGGUUCAUCACGACUGCAGGCACUGACGCUCACACGUCCCUGGUUCAUCACGACUGCUGGCACUGACGCUCACACGUCCCUGGUUCAUCACGACUGCUGGCACUGACCCUCACACGUCCCUGGUUCAUCACGACUGCAGGCACUGACGCUCACACGUCCCUGGUUCAUCACGACUGCUGGCACUGACGCUCACACGUCCCUGGUUCAUCACGACUGCUGGCACUGACCCUCACACGUCCCUGGUUCAUCACGACUGCUGGCACUGACCCUCACACGUCCCUGGUUCAUCACGACUGCUGGCACUGACCCUCACACGUCCCUGGUUCAUCACGACUGCUGGCACUGACGCUCACACGUCCCUGGUUCAUCACGACUGCUGGCACUGACGCUCACACGUCCCUGGUUCAUCACGACUGCUGGCACUGACCCUCACACGUCCCUGGUUCAUCACGACUGCUGGCACUGACCCUCACACGUCCCUGGUUCAUCACGACUGCUGGCACUGACCCUCACACGUCCCUGGUUCAUCACGACUGCUGGCACUGACCCUCACACGUCCCUGGUUCAUCAUUACACACUCAGCACAACACACACACACACACACACACACACACACACACACACACACACACACACAAACACACGGAUAAUAUCACCAAUGUGUUUCUAGCACCUGUUUACUGGUAUAAACAUGAGCUGUCUCGUACGAACGAAAAGGCCACUCGCAGUUUUCUCUAUCCGUAUGGUCCCGUGCUCUUAGCAAGACAUCAAUACAUAUUUCGAAGACAUAUGCAAACAGCUCGAAGUCAAAACAAAUAUAUUAAACUAUGGGAAACUUAGCUCUUGCUGACUGGAAAGCAUAUUAAGGCCUUACAGAGAACAAUGUAGGACAAUUAAUAGAACUCGGGUAUCAUUCGAACACCAUGAAAAAUGGCAGCAUUAGUGUGAUCGUGGCAACAUUGGCUAGAAAUUCAGAGAGCAAUUAUUUGGCCAGCCAUGGUGACGUCGGGACCAGCCGUGGAUAGUGAGGCAUGUCUGUAGUGCUGACACCAGCGCUGCGGGACCCCAGGAGGCCAGGAUGAGGCACCAUACACCCAAGAGACUCCAAGUACUCGCCUCAGCAGCACCCAGACACCCCAGGAGGCCAGGAUGAGGCACCUUGAGACACUCAAGACACAGCUGCUGGUGCUGGUGUCUUUGGGAAUUGUGGCAAGAGCAGGCAGCAAGGCGGUGUAUGCCCCGACGUCAAGUUGGGCGGUCGGGCAGCAGCUGGAGACGUCAGAGGGUGAGGUAGAGCAGUACUCGCGGGGCGGCGUCCCGACCCUUCCCCGCCCACUUCACUUCCCCGCCCACGGUGAGAACCGGUUCAGUGUGGCCACCCAGCGUCACCAGUACUAUGGCAGCUACCAACACCACAACGGCGACACCAAUGCUUCCCCUCACCUGGACUAUGAACUGGAUCAGUCUUACCAGAACGAGGUUAAUAUCUACGAGUACUCGUACACGGAGAGCAGUGCCUAUGUCAACCCCAAUAUGAUGUACACUCGUGGUGGUGGGCGGCGUGUGGGUCCUGGGGGCAAGGUGGGCCGCCCACGGCGCCUGGGGGAGCGUCUGUGGUGGGCUGGCGUGCCCGUGCUGACUGCACGCGGAGACACCUUCCUCCCCAGGGGCGUCCCAUCAGGGGUUGAGGAGGGGCGAGCACGAGCUGUGGUGACGGGCUCUCAGCACCAUCACCAGGAGCCCAUCAGUAACCCCGAGACCCGUGACUCUGAGUGGUACCUUCACGGUGCCAGCGGUGACCACAAACCCGCUCCUGAUCUUCUGCUCCAGAAUGAUUCCCUGAUUGGUAUGAUCAGAGUGCAGAAGUCGCUGCAGCAGUCACAGGAGACGGCCGGCUACGUGCAUGACUUCCCUCCCGUGCCUGGCACCUCGGCUGCCCACCCACCACCCAGGCAGUGGGGAGGGUUCGACACUCUUCUCAAGAUGAUGAACCAGGCCGAUGAAAGUGCACCAACCAAGGCAUCCAAAGAUCGUAACAGCACCGAGUAUGGAACACCCAUUGGCAAGAACAGAAAUAGACAAGGACCCAUCAAUAUCAGUAUCAGUAUCAGCAGCACCAGCAGCAGCAGCAGCAGCAGCAGCAGGAGCAGCAAGAGAAGGAAGAGCAGUGGUGAUGGGUCCCAGCAGGUGUUGGCACAUGUUGGUGAUGAGGGUGAUGAUGAGUCCCACACACCUGUCACCACCACCGCCGUCCUGGGCUCCGUCAUGCUCCUCAUCAUACUCGUCGUGGUGAGUCAGGUGAUGGUGGCACUGAGAGUGCAGUGGCGGGAGAGAGUGAAGGAGGAGGAGGCGUGGGGAGCACAGUCGCCCUCAGUACUCCCCGCCACCCCCGCCUCCACCAGCACCACGCCCCCCCUCAACCCUCACCACCUCCACCCACUCACACACCUUCAGGCUCAACCCAUCAGGAUUAAGGCAAAGGGUUUGCUGGAGAGGCGAGGUUCCAACACGAGCCUGACCCUGGAGCUAGCACCCAACUAUGCUCCACCAGAGGUCCCGUCCCCACCUCGACAUUGCACGCCAGAGGAGUUCCUAAUGACGGCGGGCAACAGAAUGAGUCGAGGGCAGCUGCGCCAGUGUCUGAAGGAGGUCCGGGCACUUCACGCAGAGUUCUGGGAGAUCCCACUCAACCACCCUGACAAGUGUGACAUGCUGGGGGCGGCGUCCAAGAACAGGUACCGCACCGUGCUGCCCAACGAGGCCAGCCGGGUGCGCCUACACACUGAAGACCCGGCCUUGGAGUACAUCAACGCUAACUACAUCAGGGGUUACGACGGAGAGGAGCGGGCAUACAUCGCGACGCAGGGGCCGCUGCCUCACACAGUGGCGGACCUGUGGAGGCUGGUGAUGCAGGAGUGUGCGCCCGCCCUCGUCAUGAUCACCAGGCUCAAGGAGAAGCAGAGGGUCAAAUGCGAGCCUUAUGUGCCCACACACGCAGCCACAUAUGGUGAUAUUAGUGUCACUGUCAGGCAGAUUAUACAGAAAAGUGGCUACACCAUCCGUAGACUUUUGCUCCAGCGAGGAGAGGAGGAGCACGAGACACUACACUUCUGGUACACUGCCUGGCCCGACCACAAGGCCCCAGCGGAGGCUGACCAACUCCUUGCCAUGGCACUACAGGUUGAACACAUCAGAAAGACGGGUGAUGGAGGGCGCCAGGGUCCCGUGGUUGUCCACUGUUCAGCUGGCAUUGGUCGUAGUGGCUGCUUCCUGGCCAUAAGCAUCGCUAUCAACCAGCUGCAGGAAGAAGACUGCGUCGAUAUCCUCGGCAUCGUCUGCCAGAUGAGGCUAGACAGGGGCGGGAUGGUGCAGACGGGCGAGCAGUACGAGUUCAUCCACCGGGCCAUGGCGCUCUAUGCCUCCAGCCUCCCCUCUCACCUCAACACCAAAUGAUCAACACCACACACGCCUCCACUGGGAACCUCACCCGUCACACUCCCGCCACUAGCCACCACGCUCUCUACCAGAGUCUGAAGAACUGACGGACACCACAAGCGUCUUGUCAGCGCUCUGACACGGCCACUGUGUCGGUGAUGACAUGCAGUGGACCACCAGGCGGUCCUGCAUACAGCCGCCACAUUACGUUCAGUGUCCGCUAUGUGUAACAUUCACGUGUAUACUACAGUAAUAAAGUUGUGCAAUAAAUGAAAAUGCAUU